AUGGCUAAGUUGAACGGUGACUUAGACCCACUAUGGCAGGACUUGGACUGGGCUAUUGGCCAGAUGCUGUUAAUGGGAUGGGACGGCACAGAAGUAACGCCCCAGAUACGGAACCUCAUCGAGGAACAUCAUCUAGGUUCCAUCAUACUCACGGCUAAGAACUUAAAAUCCGCUCAUGAAACAGCAAAGUUGGUCCAAGAGCUACAGACUAUUGCCCAUCAGGCCGGUCAUCCACAUCCUUUGUUGAUUGCUCUCGACCAAGAAAAUGGCGGUGUCAACAGCCUCUUCGACGAGGACUACAUCUGCCAGUUCCCCAGCUCCAUGGGGACGGCCGCAGCCGGCAGUCCAGAGCUAGCGUAUCAGAUAGCCAAAGCCACAGCUACCGAGAUCUCGGCUGUUGGAGUCAACCUUAUGCUUGGUCCCGUCCUGGAUGUCCUCACCAACGCCCGCUACCAACCCAUCGGAGUCCGGGCCACGAGUGAUGACCCACAAGAGGUCUCACAAUAUGGCAUAGCCGCCAUCAACGGCUACAAAGACGCGGGAGUUGCAACCUGCGGAAAGCACUUCCCUACAUACGGCAACCUAGAUUUUCUGGGCUCGAGCUUGGAUGUGCCCAUCAUCACUCAGACACUGGAAGAGCUCAGCCUCAGUGCCCUUGUACCGUUUCGGAAUGCAAUCGCAACAGGGAACCUUGACGGCAUCUUCGUGGGUGGCUGUGGCAUUGCAAACCCAUCUAUGAAUGUCUCACAUGCUUGUCUCUCCGAUCAAGUCGUCGAUGACCUCCUAAGAAACGAACUUGGUUUCAAAGGCGUAGCUAUAUCAGAAUGUCUCGAGAUGGAGGCCUUAUACCAAGAGAUAGGAGUCAAGGGCGGCACCGUCAUGGCUGUUGAAGCAGGAUGUGAUCUGAUUCUGCUUUGCAAGGCAUAUGACAUCCAGCUGGAAGGCAUACAAGGUCUCAAGCUCGGUAUUGAGAACGACAUCAUCACGAGGGAGAGAAUCAUGACCUCAAUCAGGCGUGUUCUGCGCAUGAAGUCGUCCUGCACGUCAUGGGCGAAGGCCUUGAACCCUCCCGGCCUUUCCCUACUAUCGAAAAUCCACCCCAGCCACCUUGCCCUCUCUAGGAAGGCUUAUGAUAACUCAAUCACUGUGAUGAGAGACAAGGACAGACUGUUGCCUCUAUCUCAUUCAAUGGACCAAGGUGAAGAGCUAUUGCUGCUGACACCUCUGGUCAAACCACUUCCUGCAUCAACAGCCACCCAGAAAAUUUUAGAAUCAAAAAGACAAAAGGACCAGCCGGGUGGCAAUCACGACAAAUGGGCACACAGAGACAGGGGCGCCAUCAUGAGCGGCGAAGGCGUGUUCAGAGAACUAGGCAGAUCUCUCGCCCGCGCCAGAAAUGGAAAGCUUCUACAUACUUCAUAUACUGCAAACGGUGUUCGGCCAGUACACGAGAACCUUAUCAACAGAGCAUCGACUAUUAUCAUCGUGACAGCAGAUGCUAAUCGCAAUCUAUAUCAGUCGGGAUUUACGAAACACGUGGCCAUGAUGUGUUCCAUGCUACGUGCAAGCGGCCAAAAGAAGUCUUUGGUGGUCGUCGCUGUUAGCUCCCCUUAUGACUUCGCCAUGGACAAGUCAGUUGGCACAUACAUCUGUACCUUUGACUUUACGGAAACGGCAAUGCACGCUCUGGUGAGAGCUCUGUUUGGGGAGUUCACGCCGCGAGGCAGUCUUCCAGGAACCCUCAGAAAGAGCAAGAAGGUGACGAAGUCAAGACAAAACUGGCUCGUAGAGAGCUACGAUAGAGAUCGGGAUGCGCAGGGACUGGACGAUUUGAUCCACGCCGUCUCAAGAGCGAGUGCGCCGAACCUACAGUUUUUGAAAACCACUUCCUCACUUUCCUUCGAGCUCUACAACCCCAGUAUCGAGGAGAAUCACUUUGUCGUACGCAACAGCAGUACCAAAGCCCUUUAUGGUUUCUGCGCCACAUAUUUUACCAAGGGGACGGGAAUCGUCGGGGCGCUCUUUGUGGAUCCGACGAAGCGAAACAUCGCGAUUGGACGAUCUCUCCAUCGACGUGCGCUACGAGGCUUGACACAGAUUCGGGGAGUGAAGAAGGUGCAACUCGGAAUGUCUUUGCCAGGCGUCUUCCUCGGCAUACCGGUAGAUGACACCACCGGGCUGAAGACAUGGUUUACGAACAGUGGCUGGGAUGUGUCCUUCCCCAAACGCCUUACGAACAUGGCCAUCAACGACCUUGGUAGCUGGUCCGCCCCCGAAGGCUUACUACAAAGCAUUCAGAGAGCGAGCAUUAGCUUUGACCUCAUCCACGGCCUGGACAACGCCGAAAGCGUUCUCAGCCAUGUUGCAACACACGCCAAUCCGGAGGUAUGGGAGCUCUACAAGUUCGCCCUUCAGGAGACCAAGACAUGCGGCGUGGUGCGGGCCAAGAGCCCGGUCGACAGCCUCCUGGGUACAGUCAUCAUCUGCAGCCCAGGGAGUCAUCUAUCGACAUACAUUCCAGCCUUGCACGCAUUGGGCGACGAACCCAUCGGCGGCAUCGUCGCGCCGGUCGUGCCGUCGACUGCGCAGGCAACACUCGUGCUCCAGGGAUUGGCCCUGAUGGGCGUUCGACAGAACAAGGCGCACAAGUCGGUCCGGAGUGUGCUGAGUUGGGUGCAGGACGAGUCGUAUGAGCCGCUGCUGGCCAUGGGAUUCGAUGUGCUGCAAGCGUUUGAGGAAAUCACGAACUCUCCAGAGAAUGUGAGCUUCUGA